AUGGAUUCUAAAAAUGUUUUGAAACACCCAAGUAUCGUUAGUCUUAUUACCGGUUCGAUCCUGAAAGCGGAUGGACAACUAUUGUAUAGUGAAGAAGAGAUCUUUGCUGACGGUCUCCAUUUCGUCGUUUACUUGCCGCGGCAAGGCUCCACGUCGUUUGGAAUUGUUUUAGCGAUCCAAGAAAACCUUACUGAAGCUUCAAUGAAACGAUCGAUCGAAAAGUGCCUGCAAGUGCAAAGUCAAUAUGCUAUCCAUGCUUAUUUCCUUUGUUUUUGCAAUACCGUGUCACCACCAGUGCAGUCGUUUUUAUCACCUACCCCAGACAACCCUUACUGGAUGACGCUGGAUUGCUCAAUUUGGACCGAGAAAUGUAUUGUUAUCUCAAACGACGCGGUUGAUGGUAAAUUUACCUAUGAUCCCAUGACGAUCCUCGCCAUGUAUAUCUCCAACAAUGAGGAGCAGAUACAGAAGUUAGAGAGUAGUGAUCCCACUGUUAAGCUUCUACAUACUAUUAGCGAUAAUAAUACAUCAUUUUGA